AUGGACCUUCACAUGGCCUCAAAACUUAUUUACACAGCAACAUAUGAAGCGGAAAACCCAAUUGAAGUCUCGUUAAGAGAAGCUUUUCACCUUCUUGAACCCCAACUAAGACCCCCAUUUUCUUUAAAAGUCCCAACUCAACCAGAGUACUUAAACCUCAACCGGGCAAUUCUUUUUGGCAUUUUAUGUGAGUUGCAUUUCGCAAAAGUUCAUAUUAAGCACUUACAUGGCAUUGUUACUGAUGGGUAUACUUUUUUCACGAGUCUGCUUACCAAGGUUGUUAAUGAAUUGUACUCAAAACUAGUUGAUUCAGCCAAAAUUCAGUUGAUUUGGAUUACUAAAGAGCUGAUACAUGUUGCGGCGGUAGGAUUUGAUGCUUUGUUAGUGGCCCUUUUGAGGCAGAUUGUAGGUGGGGAUUUUAGUGAAGGGAAUUUGUGGUUGUGUCAAGAGUUGGUUAGUCUUUUCCUAUUCGAAUGGGAUUGCUUAUUAGAAGAAGAGCCGUUGGUUUUAGCUAGUGCUUUAUAUUUAUUUCUUCGAUUAUUGGCUGAUCAUUAUCGGAUAUCAGGUAACUCUAAAAUAGAAGCAUUGAAGCUAAUGGAGAUUAAUUUAUGUGUUCGAGUUUUCAGGGAGCAGUUCCAUUUGUGUUUGAAGAUUGGGAGGGAUCUUAUUAGGCUUUUACAAGACUUGGUUCAUAUACCUGAGUUUCGAGUAAUAUGGAAGGACUUGGUGUUAAAGCCCACGGAGUUUAGGACAAAUGGGUUUGUUGAUAUUUUGCAGCUUUAUCAGAAAAGGACCUCGAGUCGGUAUCUUUUACUUCGAAUAACUCCUGAAAUGGAAAAGCAAUUGCGGUUUUUGCUUACGCAUGUGAAGUUAGGAAGCCAAAAGCGGUACCAGGUUUGGUUUAUGAGGAAGAUUUUUUGUGUGCCCGAGAGAGAGACCCUUGUCAUCGACAUUGUUCGUUUUUUAUGUUGUGCACACCACCCACCUAAUGAGAUUAUCCAAUCGGAUGUCAUUCAGAGAUGGGCUGUCAUAGGUUGGUUAUUGAAAUCCUGUAAGAAGAAUUAUGUCCAAGCUAAUGUGAAGCUGGCUUUGUUUUAUGAUUGGCUUUUCUUUGAUGAAAGAGUGGAUAAUAUUAUGAACAUUGAGCCUGCAAUUCUAUUGAUGGCAAACUCUAUACCUAGAUACCUUGACAUGACUCACACUCUUCUUGAUUUUUUGUUCCUUCUAAUGGACAACUAUGAUGUUGAGAGGAAGGGCUUAGUCAUUCAAUGUGUAUCAUCAGCUUUUGGAGUACUAAUUAGAAAAGGUGUGAUUCACUCACUUGAUGUUUUGACUCACUGUGACAUGCUUUCUCCUUGCCUCAAAGAGAGCCUCGGGAAAUUGUUGCCAGCCAACCCACCUCCUGUGUCAUACUGUGCAACCCUUGGAUUUGGGAUCUCCGACGGGUGGGGAAUCUCAAACUCCAUUAUAGGGCCAACACCAUUCAUCUGGAGAGGGCAGAGAUUUACAGCUUCGUGCUCGGGACAAGCAAUUGCUUUGACAAACAAGAUAACAACAACUUGUUCGACAGAAAAUACUGGUGCUCCAAAUUCGAUUGCAGUAACUGCAAGUGCAAAGCUAAGCCAAAUGACGAACAUUCUAUAG